AAGCCCCUAUGACUCUGGUAAAUGGCAGAAGAUUCCAGAACCAGGACAAAGACAAAAUGUCUUUUUUGUCGUCUUCACUAAAAUCUGAAUCUGUAUUUCCCUUUUCCACGAAGCGCAGCCACACGAAAUACCAAGUGGAACGUGAAUCGCAUAAAAAUACCCAUUUUUCUUGGUGACGAGCGAGGCUGCACAAAAAAAAAGUUCAAGAACAAGAUAUUUGGAAAUUUGACCAUUGAGAAAAAUGGAGAAACAAAAUUCUGAUUAUUGAAAUCAAAGAAGACAUGGAUUUGGGCUUAAUUGCUUCACAUAAUUGCCCUCCUGGAUUGGGGGCUGUUUUCAAUCCUGAACAUGGUUUCAGCAGGGUGCCAAAGGAAUUGCAUCCUUUUCUCCAACAUCGCAGUCCAAAUCAAGAUCUUGUAAAUUCUAAGUCCUUCAAUUUAUGCCUGCAGCAAAAGGAUGAGUUGAAACUCAGAGGUGGACUACUGGACUGUAACAAUUUAGCCUUGAAAAACUCUGUAAGGUCGACACUCAUUGAUGUUCAAGAUAUUCAUCCACAGUCCCUACUCAUGGGCUUCGGAAUUGCUGAACAAUGCACGAGGCAUGAGAAGAUAUUGGAGUUACUUGCAUCGGGGUCGAUUGAAGUAGACGAUGAUUUUCUAGAUUUGUCCAUGCUCUAUGAUCUGAUGGGGCCUCGACAACUCUUAACUGAUUCAGCUCAGCAACCAUUUACAUCUUGUUCCGAACAGUGUCUUUGUGAUACCAAGUCUCUCGUCUAUCCAGCAAGAGAACUAUACUUAAACGAACCCGUAUUAAAUGUAGUGGGAUCCAGGAGCAGUUGUAGAGAAAAUACAUUUCAUCAUAUGGCAGAUGAUAUGACUCAUGCAGUUCCUGCCAUUUCCGACCUUUACUUCUCAAAGAACACAGUUGCAUCCAGUAGGCGGACAUUACUGGUCCCUUAUUUUGAGAGGCGGAGAAGAGGGCGUCCUAAUACGGAUUCAUCAAAGCUUACAACAGAGAAAGUUGCACCUCCCAAGAGUCAUGUAAAAGUGAAGGCGAAGACCUCACAGAAGAGGAAGACCAGUCCCAAAAUGAUGAAGGAGAGAGAUAUAUCUUGCAAAAGCUACCUUCAUGCAUGUGAAAGUCUACUCUCCAUAAUUGUCAACAGGAAGCAGCAGGGCGGAAAUGCAACCAUCUCCUUGAAGAAAUCCAGCCCUCAGCUGACAGCUCACUGACCUUCUGACACGUUUUUCUGCCAGCAUUGCCGGAACUGGUGUUGCUGUUGUUCUAGCUGUUGUCUGCAGAGUUGUAUGCAACGGGGUGCCGUUCUGUGCAUCAAAGGUUUUGAGCGCCGGAUUAGGUUUAGGGCUAUUUUGGCUUUCUUCGGCUGUUAACAAAUUGAGGAGCACGGUUAUCUCUAUCAGCAAAUCUUCUGGGAAGUUGGGUGCUAAUGAAGAGGAAAUGAUAGAUCGUUUGGAUAGAAAUUUGAAGGACGUUUUCUUCCGAGCAGCAGCAGUGAUGAUGGUUGCAGUGCUGCAGUUGGCUUGAUCAAGGUUCGUUCUUGAAAGGCUUCGCAUUUCUCUGACGUUGCUGCUUCGAUUUUGCUUUGAUGGACGAAUAGCUCCACCUAGAAUUAGUUGACAAUAUAUAUCUAAUGUUAGCCCUGGUUUCUGUUUAUAUGAUUGUUGCGUAUUGGUUUGCUCCAUUUCGAGAUGUGCAAGUUUGCAAAUUUAUCUAUAAUAAAAUGAGAGCUAAGUUUAUCA